UUCUCAGAAAAAAGCUCACGCACUUACCCUUUUCUGUCCUCUCUAAAUAGGUGCGAGGUAGAGUCGUAGAGCGAUCUCCAAUCUCCACAUCUCUUCAUCAAAGCUCUUUACUGUUUCCCACAAUUCUUUAACUACCAUUCCUUUAUCUUCGAUUUCUCUGUUUAACGUUAAACUCUGUUACAUACAGAAAUUUUGUGGAAGUAUUUAAGUUUCUUUCUUUUGGUUGAGCCAAAGUAUUUAGGCAGAAAAACAUGGAGAAUCCAAUGCAGCUGAAGUGCUUGAAUCACGUUUCACUUGUGUGCAGAUCAAUUGAGAAAUCUCUUGAUUUCUAUCAGCAUGUUCUUGGGUUCUUUCCCAUCAAGAGACCUGGUUCCUUUGAUUUCUCUGGUGCAUGGCUGUUCAAUUAUGGCAUUGGCAUCCAUCUUCUCCAAUCUGAAAACCCUGAUAACAUGCCUAAGGUUGGCCGAAUUAAUCCCAAGGACAAUCAUAUUUCUUUCCAGUGUGAGUGCAUGACAACAGUAGAGAAGAAACUGAAGGAGAUGACGAUAGAAUACGUAAAGGGUGGUGUGGAAGAUGGUGAAAUCCGCGUUGAUCAACUCUUCUUUCAUGACCCUGAUGGCAACAUGAUUGAAGUAUGCAACUGUGACAAUCUCCCUGUGGUUCCACUACCUCGUGAUGCUACGCAUUCAUGCUCGCUGCUCAACUGCAACAUUCGACAAAGGCAGCAACAGCAACAAUUACAGCAGAAUAUUGAACAAGCAAUAAAAAUCUAGUGAUUUUCUUGGAGUCCUCAAGAUGCGAAGUUAUAUGUAUAUUUACAUAAGGAUGGCGAAACGGCUAAUUAAGGUUGAUGAUUAACCAAAGUGAGAACAUUUUUCCAUAACACAAUUUCAAGUCUUACGGAACCUGUUGGCUGUCAUGCUAAUUCUAAUACUAAUAAUCAAUAGCAGGAAAAAAUAUUAAAAGGAUGUUAAUUCUUGUACUCUAUUUUACAGUAUAUUUGUUCAAGGAAAUUGAUUAAGUACUUUGUACCAAGACUUUCGCUUUAUUGUUUUUUUUUUUUUUAUUCCUUCAAUUGAGAAUGAUAUUGACGAGAAUAUAUCAGCUAGAGACGGCCAGGAGAAUGUUCUAAGCAUUCAUGAUUAAUGUGUUUUGAAGCAGAUAUUCAUGCCAACAUAUAUAUAAUAUAGUUAGCUUGUAAAUCAAUGAAAUG